UUUAAUAAAUUAACGUUAGAUGCUUUCAAUCUUCAGAGAGGGAUGGACGGCGGAGAAACUAAGGUCAAGAAAGGUACGGCGGUGGUGGUCGGAGGAAGCAUAGCAGGGUUAUCGUGUGCUCACGCGCUUACCGGAGCAGGAUGGAAAGUGAUGGUGAUCGAGAAAUCGCGCUCGCCGCCGACCGGAACCCCAACCGGAGCCGGAAUCGGUCUCGAUCCAUUAUCUCAGAAAAUCAUCGAGACAUGGCUUGGUGAAUCCGAUUCACUUAUCAAUUCAACUUUACCUCUCACAAUUGAUCAGAAUCAAGCAACGGAUUGUGAGAAGCGUAUGAAUUCUAUAUUAACGAGAGAUGAACACUUUGAUUUCAGAGCAGUUCAUUGGUCUGAUCUUCAUAGUCUCCUUUACAAUUCAUUACCAGAUGAUAUCUUCCUUUGGGGUCAUCGAUUUGUUUCUUUCUCGAUUUCUCAUGACAAGAACUGUGUCAAUGUAGUGACUGAAAUUGAUGAAUCUGGAGAAAUUGUUGAAAUUGUUGGUGAUCUUCUUGUUGCAGCUGAUGGAUGUCUUUCUUCAAUUAGGAGGAAAUUUCUCCCUGAUUUCAAACUAAGGUACUCUGGCUAUUGUGCUUGGAGAGGGGUUUUAGAUUUCGACACCAUAACAGACCUUAAGCAAGCAUAUCCAGAUCUCGGAAAAUGCUUGUAUUUUGAUCUAGGAUACAAAACACAUAGUGUUCUUUAUGAACUUCCCCGAAAAAGGAUAAAUUGGAUUUGGUACAUCAAUCAGCCUGAGCCAGAUCUUAAGGGGAAUUCAGUGACGAUGAAAGUGAGCAAUGAAAUGAUCGAGAGGAUGCACGAAGAAGCUGAGAAAUUUUGGGUACCCGAAUUGGUAAGAGUCAUAAAAGAGACUAAAGAUCCAUUCUUAAAUGUAAUAUACGACUGCGAGCCGAUUGAGCAAUUAUGUUGGGACGAAUUGGUGGUAUUAGUAGGGGAUGCUGCUCAUCCUACUACCCCUCAUGGUUUGAGAAGCACAAACAUGGCUAUAAAUGAUGCAGCCAUAUUAGGGAAGUGUAUCGAGAAAUGGGGAUCUGUUAAUAAUUUGAAGGCUGGUCUUGACGAGUAUCAGACAACUCGUUUGCCAGUCGUAUCGAAACAAGUUCUGCAUUCUAGACAAUUGGGACGUGUUAAACAAGGCCUACGAGGGGAUUUCGAUAUGAAAAUGGCGAGUCCUGAUGAUUUUAGAGAACUUCAACAAAGGAACAUGCCUUUCUUUCUUGGCUCUACUUAAAAACACUUUCUAACUCGGAAUUCUAGAAAGCGUUUUCAAAAUGAAAAAGAAAAAUGUAUUCAUAGAUUUAUAAAUUUGUCGAUAUUUUCAUGUUCAAAUCCAACUUUAAGACGAGAAAGGAUUUUAAACUUAUUUGAAAACAUUUUCUGGAGUUGAAA